UGUGCUGACCUGGAAUCUAGGUUCUGGGCUUAGAAGUUCCCAAGUUCCUUUGGAAAAGAACUACUCCGCCUCCUGGCAAUUGUGCUGUCUCUCCUCUGCGGCCAUGCUCUCCGCUUAGAAUAUGCAGGAGCGCAGCCACGCCUCUGGCAGCUGGGAUCCAAAGCCUUGCUUGAAGAUGGAGAGAUAGGGCCAGCCGCUGCUGGAGUGCCCCAGGAAGCCCCCGCCCUCCGUGGACAGCCCAGCGCGAGCGCCUGUCUCGGGCCCCAUGGAUCGGGGCAGAGACUCCGAGAUGGAGCUGGAUGGGGACAAGGCUGUGAGCCACAGCUGCUGUGUCUGCGGCAAGAGCUUCCCCUUCCAGAGCUCCCUGUCGCAGCACAUGCGCAAGCACACGGGCGAGAAGCCCUACAAGUGCCCCUACUGCGAUCACAGGGCCUCCCAGAAGGGCAACCUCAAGAUCCACAUCCGAAGUCACCGCACGGGGACCCUGGUGCAGAGCCACGAGGUCGAGGCUAGCGAGGCCCCGCUGGACGAGCUGCGCACAUCCGGGGGCCUGGACAUGUGCGCCAGCCCCGCCAAGACCCUGUCGGCCUGCAACCAGAUCCUGAACGGGGCGUUGCCGGGCGACAGCGGCAAGAUCCUGCUGCGCAGCGGCCGCAAGGAGACGGACACGGUGGGGGGCGGCGAGGGCACCCCCUUCUGCAAGGGUGCCCCGGAGCGCAAGCGCGGCCCCGAUCUUCCCGCCCCGCAGGCCCCGCGGCCCUUCAAGUGCCGGCUGUGCAGCUACGUGACGCUGCGCGAGGACUCGCUGCUCAGCCACGUGGAGAAGGACCACAUCACGGCGCAGGCGCCCAGUGGCGGGGGCGCGGACACGGCCGCCGAGAACGGGCGGAGCGAGCCGCCGGCCGGCGAGUUCCCGUGCGAGGUGUGCGGCCAGGCCUUCAGCCAGACCUGGUUCCUGAAGGCGCACAUGAAGAAGCACCGCGGCUCCUUCGACCACGGCUGCCACAUCUGCGGGCGCCGCUUCAAGGAGCCCUGGUUUCUCAAGAACCACCUGAAGGCGCACGGCCCCAAGGCCGCGGGCAAGAACCGGCCGCGCAGCGAGAUGGACCCCAUCGCCACCAUCAACAACGUGGUGCAGGAGGAGACCAUCGUUAGCGGCCUGUCCCUCUACGAGGUCUGCCCCAAGUGUGGCAACCUCUUCACCAACCUGGCAAGCCUGAGCGCGCACAACGCCGUCCACCAGCGCACGGAGGACGGGGCCGAGCCGGGCCCGGUGGACGCGCAGCAGCGCUUCCUGCACAGCCUCAGCCUGCGGCCCGCCGGGCGCCCCGAGGCGCGGACGGUCGGGCGCCGCGUGGCCGAGCUGGACCCGGUCAGCAGCUACCAGCUGUGGGCCUUGUUUCUGGUGCUGCGGUGGCUGCUGCUUCUGCCCGAUGUGCCCCCUCCGCCCAUGUCCUCACCGCUCCUGAAACACAAGAGCAACGUCUGGGUGAAGUGUGCGUACCGGGUGCUUCCCAGGCCUGGCAAGCCGGCCGAGAAGCAGAGGGCGCCCAGCCCGACCCCCGCGCCCAAGCAGAGUGGCCUGGACUCCGCAAAAGCCAAACUCGGCUCCCCGCCACCGUGCCAGCCUCCCGGGAAAGGCGACGGGGCGCAGCCUCUACCUCCCCGAGAGACCCUCUCCAAGGCCACCCCAGAGCCCAGGAUGCUGGGCGGUGUCUCCGGGGCCAGGUCCAGCCCAGCGCUGCAGGCCUCGCCCUCGACCAAGCAGGAGCCAGCCGAAGAGGGCCCCCCGGGGAAGCACCUGGACAUCGUCAGCAUCUUCAAAACCUUCAUUCCAAAGGACCUGGCCACCCUGUACCAGAGCUGGGGCUCCAGCGGCCCUGCCCUGGAGCACCGAGGGACACUCCGCCUGCAGGCCUGCCAGGGAGACCUCCAGUGUGCUCAGUGCGGGAAGCACUUCACCCAGCCCAGCCACCUCAGGGCCCACGCGAGGGCGCACGCAGGGGAGAGUCCAUCCUAAGGCAGAGCCCGUCGAAUCAGUGCCUCUCAG